AUGUCGAUUCUCAUUACCGGUGCAAACGGCUACGUGGGCCAGGAGUUGGCUUCCGCCCUCCUUUCGAGCUCUCCUGAUAUUACUGUAACACUCACAGACAUUGUCACACCAGCAGUCCCCGCUGGGGUCGCUGUUCAACAUACGUCGCGAGUGAAAUGCGUACAGGCGGAUCUCACGUCGCCGAAGGUGGUGGACGAGAUGUUCACCGAGUCUCACCGUUUCGACACUGUCUACCUGCUACACGGUAUCAUGUCCAGCGGCUCCGAGGCUAACUUCGAGCUGGGCAUGCGGGUCAACCUCGAUGCCACCCGAUAUAUCCUGGACCGACUUCGGGUCGUUAUGCCUGGAGUGAAAGUGGUCUUUACGUCCAGCUUAGCGGUUUACGGUCUUGCGCCUGCUGGGUUCGUCAUUGACGAAACAAACUUCCCUCCUGUGCCGUCGUCUUCAUACGGAUCGCAGAAGCUCAUCAUUGAGACAUUGCUGAACGAUUACUCGAGGAGAGGGUUCUUAGAUGGUAGAGCAGUGCGUCUCCCAACGGUCACUGUUCGAGCUGGCCAGCCCACGCAGGCAGCGAGCAGCUUUGCAAGCGACAUUAUCCGGGAGCCGUUUAACGGGAAGAAGGCGAUUCUUCCGGUCAGUAAGGAGACGGAGAUGUGGAUCUGUUCGCCUUACACGGUGGUGAAGAAUCUCUUGCAUGCGAAGGACAUUCCGAAGGAGGCCUUUGGGGAGUCGAGGUCUGUCAAUCUUCCGGGAUUGAAGGUAAGUAUUCAGGAAAUGCUGGAUGCGCUGGAGGAGAUUGGUGGUAAAGAACGCAGGGCAUUGGUGGAAGAGAAGUACGACGCCGCUAUUGACAAGAUUGUGCAAACGUGGACGCCUAAUUUCAAGACGGACCGUGCGAUCGAAUUGGGAUUUUCGGAGGAUGUUCCUAUGAUUGAGAAUAUCAGGCAAUAUGCGAGUCGGUUUGCGUGA